GACCCGGCGGCGGAGGGGAGCCCUUCCCACCUCCCCGCAGGGCGGAGGAGACAGCAGCGGGGAGAUCCCGCACUCGGGCCGGCGCUGGCUCCGGCCCCCUCCGAGGGAGAGGUUCCCCCUCCCCAGAGGGAGUCUGGACUACGCUGCUGAGUUUUUGGAGUUGAUGUAAUGGCUGAAGUUGUUCAGUGGGAGACAGCUGGAGGCAGAGCAUGGUCUGGCGCUUACACAGUGCCCAUGAUCUGACCCACAGCCUCUGCCUUUGCUGGGACCACCAGGAUGGGGAACAGCGGCUCAGCCGUGAAGGUCUGCACAGAUCACCAAGGAGGCAUCAACUGGCUGAGCCUGAGCCCGGACGGGCAGCGGUUGCUCACAGGUAGUGAAGAUGGCACUGCGCGGCUCUGGAGCACUGCUGACAGCCAGUGCCAUGGCCACUUCCAAGGACAUGAAAGCUACAUCACCUUUUGCCACUUAGAAAACGAGGCUGCCUUCACGUGUAGUGCAGAUCACACUAUUCGAAAGUGGGAUGUGAUGACGGGUCAGUGCCUGGCCAUUUACCGAGGACACACAUCAAUUGUUAACAGGAUCCUGGUUGCCAAAGACUAUCUUUUUAGUGGCUCCUAUGACAGGACGGCGCGCUGCUGGAGUGUGGACAAGGAGAAACAAAUCCAGGAAUUCCGGGGCCAUCGGAACUGUGUCCUGACUCUAGCUCACUAUUCCUCCAGGGAUGUUCUUGAAGAAGAGGAGGAAGAAGAGGAGGAGGAGGAGAAAGUAAGCAGAGACCUCCUGGUGACAGGUAGCACAGACUGCACUGUUAAGGUCUGGUGGGUGUCCAGUGGGCGCUGUUACCAGACUCUGCUGGGACACACUGGGGCUGUCUUAUGCCUUAUACUUGACGCACCAAACAGGGAGCUGUUUUCUGGCAGCACGGAUUAUACCAUUCGAACGUGGAAUAUUGUCACUGGUGAGCAGUUGAAAGUCUUCAAAGAGCAUCAAGGAUCAGUAAUUUGCCUAGAGCUAGUGAAUCGGCACUUGUAUUCAGGAAGCGCGGACAGGACAGUGAAGUGCUGGUUAGUAGACACUGGGGAGCGAAUCCAAACGUACAAGGCUCACAAACACAGCGUUAGCACUUUGAAAUACCACGCUGGGAUCUUGUUCACAGGAAGUGGUGAUGCCUGUGCAAGAGCUUUCAAUUCCAGGAGUGGUGUCCUGCAGAAGAUCUUUCGAGGACACAAGUUCAUCAUCAACUGCAUCCAGAUCCACAACGAGUUGCUCUACACAGCUUCCCAUGAUGGCACGCUAAGGAUCUGGGACAUCCGGGGAAUAUGCAAGAGAAACAAGAGGCGUUGGAAGAAGGAGAGGUCUGCCCAGGGCCGGGGCUCUCAGAAGGGAAGUCUGUCUCGCCUCUUCAAUAACAAAGUCGGCUGCAUGGUACAGCAAGAAAAUGGGGAACAUGAGGCUGUUGAACUGAUGUGACCCCAUAGCAGACUUCCCAGCAGUGACCAAAGCUGUACCUUUUAUUUUAUGCACCACUGUGUCCAUGUAAACCAGAACUUGGAAAGAGAUGGGAAAGCGCUUUUGGGAAACCUCUUUUCCGGGAGCCAGGAUUCUCUGUCAAAUAGGGUCCAGUCAGAUCCUGUUGCUGCUGACUCACAUCUGAGCAGCACUGGGGGCGGAAGGGACUGCAGUGUGGUUCACGUCAGGUACCUUGUGUGUGUUUGUGUGUAAUUGAGAACUGUACUCAUAACUGCUUGUUUUCAGUUCCUGCUGGCACAGAGAUGCUGCACACUUCUCUGCCUGUCCAGUAUCUAAUAAGAAAUGUCUCCUGUUCCUGCUGCUCUCUCACAUGCCCUCUGUUCAGCCAACUGGAGAAAUGAAAGGUGUGCUGCAGUACAACUACAAAUCCAAUUUCCACAAUUGACCUUUGGGUCAGUUUUUUGCUGGUAUGACCAUUUGAUGCAGAAUGGAACAGCUCAGCAGGAGUUUAAAGCAGAUGCCACCUCUCUGCCAAGUUGGGAGUAGUAGGACAGACAUUAAAUCAUUUUAACAAAAGAGAAGCUAGAGAACAAGCUCAAUCUCAGACCUGUUGUGCCAAGGUCAGCUCUUUGCCAAGAUACAGCAGUUGUGCUCCUCCCUAAAACCUGGCAGGUUCUUUUUUUACCUUUGAUGAUCUCUCACUUCAGCUGUUCACCAGGGCACCAGGUCUGCGUGGCUACUGCUUUGUUGGCCUUACAGGAAAAAAGGAUUUCCUUAUAUCCACUGGGAAUUGUGUUUUUCAAAGGAGAGGAGAGGAAAUCAGGAGGAUUUAUUGAGGAGUCUAGAUUUUGUUGCCUCUCCUUCUUACGAGGCCAGGUCUAGCCCUGGUUUGAUAGGUCAUUAGUAAUGUCAAAUAAGUAAUCAAGCUCAAGAGAAGCUCUCCCAGUCUCUUUCCAGGUUCAUCCUUCUCUGAUAACCACUGAGCCAUGAAUAAACAAGGGUUCCUUUAUUUUUCUAUUUGCAGAUAUAACUCUUUGUAGAACCAGUACAGAAGUAUCUAACCACAUGUUUUUAUUUUUAUGGCUUUAUUUAUUCUGCACUACAGCAAGAUAAAGAUGCUGUAAUCCUUUUUUAGAAUGGACUAAUAAACAUGUGGCAUCUACAG